CCCAAAGACCGACGUGAGACGAUUACGAUACUGGUGCGCGCAAAUUGUUGACGAGGACAAGAAGAAGAAUGCGUUGGAUACGAGGAUAGCACUGUCAAGAUACCAACACCAUAUUUACCGGCAUCCACGGUCGGAAUAACCAAUUUCCAUGACUUUCAUGGGCAGAUACGCGUGAAUCAACAGUAGCAGAUCAGAACCAGGCCAGCACGAUGUCGUCGGGGGCGCAGAUGGGCUCUGCUGUCCCGCAGGACGUGUAUCAGUCCUCGGCGCCGAUACCGACAAGCGCAAACACAAGCACAAACACAAACACGAACAACGGCACUGCUCAGACUAAUACCAGCUCAAACACAGCAUUACAGCAGACGUACAAUACCUCUGUGCAGGCUCUCGGUCAACAAUCACAAUCACAACCACAGCAGCAGCAGGCGCAAGUCUCCUCAAACUCUCAAUUCCCGCUACUACAAACCCAAGCGAGCGCGCCAGCGGGACAACUUGGAGGUCAACAACAACAUCAACAGCAACAGCAGCAGCUACCCGUAUCUGAGCAUGCUCCUCUUGGUUACACAGCACUAGGCCAACCCCGAAAACGCGCCGCUGCAGGCACAAAACCAAAGAAAACUGGGCCGAAGCGAAAGCAAAGGCGAUCAAAGAAGAGCGACGACGAGGACUCUGACGAGGGGUUUCUUUUUGACGGUUUGGAAACAAAAUCUGGACGGAAAGUCCAUAAGCCUCAGCAAUUUGACCCGCUCGCAGAUACAGAUGGCAAGAAAAAAUCCCUCUUCUUCCGCCGCGACCUACAGAUCUGCAAAGUGUGCCAACGAGGCCACAGUCCGGACUCGAACCUCAUCGUCUUCUGCGACGGCUGCAACGAUCCCUACCACCAGCUGUGCCACAGUCCGCCGAUCGGACGCGAGUACAUCGAGGUCGCGGAAGCGCAGUGGUUCUGUGCGAAUUGUCAGGCUAAGAUCGUGGUGCAUGCGCCGUUGGAGACGGGUAUGACCGGCGCUUCACUCACUCAGGAAGAGAAACGCGUCUACCUACUCUCUCUCCCGCCUCAGCAGCUAGUAGAUCUGCUGCUUAUGGUCGAGGCACGACACCCCGAUAUCGCAAUCUACUCUCCAAACACAAAGAAGAUUCUCUCCCAGCGGAAAUCGAAACCUGCGCUGCCGCUGCUCACACGGCCAGGCACAGCCUCCUCGACUCCAGUCUCUGGCACGAGCACUCCUAUACUCUCAUCCAAGGAUCCUACCAAACCCGUUGUCUUCACAAACGUCAUCGACGACACAACCCCCCUUCCCGGCGCCGGAACCCAAGUUCCCCAGGAAACAGACCAGGACGCACACUACAUGGUCGACAACGACACCGCGCUCUACAGCCACUCGGUCUACAAUCUCAUGCCGAGGGUGCUGCAGACGCCUUCGUUUGCCGGCUUCGAGCAGCCGCUUCAUCAGGUGCCUGUGCCGCCGCAACAGGGGCCUCCCCCAGGACAGCAUUACGGCAAUGACCAUGGUCUUAUGAUGAAUGGGGCGCUUCAAUGAGGUCUGUGCUGGCUGGGGUCUGGGUACUGCGUCGGCAUUUUUGAUUGUAGUUUUAUUGUAUUAGUAUGAUUGCCUUUCUGUAUUCUACAAGGUUUUGAAUUCUACGACA